AUGACAGCAACCCUAGCGGAAUACGUCGGACCUCACGAGUUGGAGGAGCCCACCGACAAUGAGAGCAUGACCCAAACAUCCGCGGUUGUCUUUCAGUCCAUGGUGAUUGAUAUGGAGGUCGACGAGUUCAUUCAACCUAAGAAACCCCUCAAACGAACGCGAGGGGAGGCCAAAACAACGACAUGGGUCUCAGAAGCCAUGUACGAAGCGUUGAGUAUGGUCGAUGUGACGCCUCACCAAGAGGCCAUGCCGACAGAUGUCCCGGUGACGUCGUUCUCCAUGGACAUGCGAAUCCCGUCGUCUAACACGUUUCACGGACGCACGAGCAUUCGUCGCUUGCGAAUUCGAGCCAAGCACAUGAGCUGGCACCCCAACAAUUUGACGAUGAGAGAGAUAGUCUUCGAGCUGCAGAAACUCGAGGAUGAGUACGACCCCUUCCUCGUUCAGGAGCCCCUAGUCGCUGCAGAUUCACAGCCCCAAGAGAACAUUGCACCGAUCAUGGAAGAGGCGCGGGCAGUAGACUUGUGGAAAUGGGUCUGCGCUGACCCCACCAAGGCAAACGUCACCCUCUCCAAGGUGUUUCUCCGGGACCCCACGGCUCUGCGCACCGUGGCCCAUCUUCAUGCAUGGCAUCGAUUGAUGGUGGCGACCAAGCUUCCGCAGGUCUCCUCGUUUCAGAGCGGUUUUGAGGAGGUAUUUGGCGUGCCUCCCACGGCAGCCUUUCUCGCAACAGCAUUUGGGCAACACGCGAACAUUCGCGCCACAGGUCCAUCCACACUGGACGUGACCAUGUUAGAUAUCGAGCUUGCGCUCGCUGUAUUUGAGCUCCUGUUGGCCACGCAAACAGCUCCGUACUUCCACAACGAAGCAUGGCCCGUUUGCAUGACUCAGCAACCAGUUCUUUGGCUCCCUGUACACAAAACGCGUCCGACGUUGGCCUCGUACACACUGUGGGGUCUCCUGCACCCACCUGUUGGUCACAGCCUUGUUACUGCAAUGCGCACUGGCCGUUCUAGUGAGCUGUUGGAUGUGCUUGCACUCCUUCAAGCACGCGAGUAUCGCUAG